CAAAGGCGGGCGCAAUCCAACGCAUCAAUUUUCGCUACCACUGCAGACCACCACUACAACCUGCAAAAAAAAAACACGACGAGAUAACCUCAAGCAACGCGAUUAUUUUUGCAUUUCCACCACCGUCGCAUAACCAACCUCGUAGUCUACCACUUUCCAGACAAGAUGUCUGUCGUCGGUGUCGACUUCGGUACCCUCAACACCGCCAUCGCUGUUGCGCGGAAUCGAGGUGUUGAUGUUAUCAGCAAUGAAGUGUCCAACCGAGCUACUCCUUCCCUAGUGGGGUUUGGUCCUCGAUCCCGCUAUCUGGGCGAGCCGGCAAAGACACAAGAGAUUUCCAAUCUUAAGAACACAGUCAGCUCCCUCAAGCGCUUAGCCGGCCGAAGCUUCAAGGACCCAGAUGUCGCCAUCGAGCAGAAAUACUGUUCUGCGCUCCUCGUCGACUGCAAUGGCCAGGUCGGCGCAGAGGUCUCGUACUUGGGCGAGACGAAGAGGUUCACUGCCACCGAGCUGACGGCCAUGUUCCUCAGCAAGAUCAAGCAGACAGCAGCAGCUGAGCUGAAGCUGCCUGUGUCAGACCUCGUCAUGAGCGUGCCCGCAUGGUUCACCGAUGUCCAACGAAGGGCCCUGCUAGACUCUGCUGAGAUUGCUGGCCUGAAGAUGCUGCGCCUCAUGAACGACACAACCGCCGCGGCCUUGGGCUACGGUAUCACAAAGCUGGAUCUCCCCGGCCCCGAGGAGAAACCACGUCGGGUCGCCUUCAUUGAUAUCGGCCACAGUAACUAUACGUGCUCCAUCGUCGAGUUUAAGAAGGGCGAGCUUGCCGUCAAGGCGACUGCCUUCGAUCGCCAUUUCGGUGGCCGUGACUUCAACCUGGCUCUCGUCAACCACCUACAGAAGGAGUUCAAGGGCAAAUAUCACAUCGACAUCAAGACCAACCCCAAGGCCAUGGUCCGCGUGGAUGCCGCCGCCGAGAAGCUCAAGAAGAUCUUGUCUGCCAACCAGCAGGCACCCAUAAACAUCGAGUCGCUCAUGAACGACAUAGAUGUCACGGCCAUGAUUACACGGGAGGAGUUCGAGGCCAUGAUUGAGCCUCUCCUCCAAAAAGUCACGGUUCCGCUGGAGCAGGCCCUCGCUGAGGCUAAGCUUACGAAGGAUGACAUCGAUGUUGUCGAGCUGGUCGGUGGCUGCACUCGUGUCCCUGCCCUGAAGGAGCGCAUCCAGGCUUUCUUCGGAAAAACACUGUCUUUCACUCUCAACCAAGACGAAGCCAUCGCAAGAGGCUGCGCAUUUAGCUGCGCCAUUCUCUCGCCUGUCUUCAAGGUCCGCGACUUCGCCGUCCAGGACAUCGUCAGCUACCCGAUCGAGUUUUCUUGGGAAAAAGAUGCCGACAUCCCCGACGAGGACACGAGCCUGACCGUCUUCAACAGGGGCAACGUCCUGCCCUCCACGAAGAUUCUGACUUUCUACCGCAAGCAGCCCUUCGAUCUCGAAGCCAGAUACGCCAAGGUCGAGGAUCUGCCUGGUAAGAUGAGCCCCUUCAUUGGCCGGUUCUCCGUCAAGGGCGUUAAGGCCGAUCCCAAGACCGAGUUCAUGAUCUGCAAGCUGAAGGCCCGCGUCAAUAUCCACGGCAUUCUCAACGUGGAAAGCGGCUACUUCGUCGAGGACCAGGAGGUGGAGGAGGAGAUCAAAGAGGAGUCUAAGGACGGCGACAAGAAGGAUCCAGAUGCUAUGGAUACGGACGACAAGAAGGAUGACGGCAAGCCCAAGACACGAAAGGUGAAGAAACAGGUACGCAAGGGCGACCUACCUAUCGUGGCUGGCACGACAUCUCUCGACACAGCUGCGAAGCAGGCGGCCAGCGAGAAGGAGUUAUCCAUGGUCAUGGAGGACAAGCUCGUCGCCGAUACCGAGGAGAAGAAGAACGAGUUGGAGACGUAUAUCUACGACCUGCGUAACAAGAUCGAUGAACAGUACUCCGAAUUUGCCAGUGAGGAAGAGAAGGAGAAGAUCCGAACGAAGCUGACAGAAAGCGAGGACUGGUUGUACGAAGAUGGCGAGGAUGCCAGCAAGGCUGUAUAUAUCGCCAAGAUGGACGAGAUCCGGGCCAUGGCUGGCCCCAUCACGCAAAGAUACUUCGACAAGGUCGAGGCCGACCGCCAAGCGGUGCAGGCCAGGCUCGACGCCGAGAACGCACAGAGGAAGGCGGCCGAAGAGGAGGCUCGCAAAACCGCUGAGCCCGCUAAGGACGAGCCCAUGACGGAUGUUGAGCAAGCCCCCGAGACGGAGGCCAAGGAGUAAAAAGAAAAAGAAGAGUUUAGAGCACACUGCGGAACGGAACGUAAUGCUUGAAAUGAGUUUCGGGGAUCGUGUUGCUGAUGUGCCCGGAUGGAUGGAUGGAUAAACAAUAGAUAGACCCCCCACCCCCCGGAAUGGAUGAUCCAUUAUGAAUGAACACUUGCGUUAACGAUAAUUGACCGAUGCGUUCCUUGG